AUGAGGGUCCUGGUACGGUGCUGCUGGGGCCACAGGCCAAUUCGCCGCGCCAGGGGCUUGAGGUUGGCUCUGCAAUGGCGAGCUCAUGCCGGACUAGGCGGGGAGAAGGGCUUGGGCGCCGGAGCCCGCGAGAAGCCCCCUUGGCGGGUGCUCUUCUUCGGCACUGACCUUUUCGCCCGCGAGUCGCUGCAAGCGUUGCAUGCCGCCAGGGAAAACAAAGAGGAAGAGUUAAUAGACACAUUGGAAGUGGUCACAGUACCUUCCCCAUCACCAACAGGCCUGCCGGUGAAGCGCUAUGCUGUGCAGUCUCAGCUGCCAGUGUAUGAGUGGCCCGAUGUCGGACCUGGGGAAUAUGAUGUUGGAGUAGUGGCUUCUUUUGGCCGACUUUUGAGUGAGGCCCUUAUUCUAAAAUUUCCCUAUGGCAUAUUGAAUAUUCAUCCCAGUUGCCUCCCGAGGUGGCGUGGUCCAGCCCCUAUAAUCCAUACAGUGCUCCAUGGAGACACAGUUACUGGAGUGACAAUUAUGCAAAUUAGGCCUAAAAGGUUUGAUGUAGGCCCAAUUCUCAAACAAGAAACUGUCCCGGUACCUCCUAAUAGCACCGCAAAAGAAUUGGAAGCAGCGUUAGCAAGACUGGGUGCCGACAUGCUUAUUUCAGUUUUGAAAAAUUUGCCUGAAAGUUUGAAUAGUGGAAGGCAACAGUCGACUGAGGGGGUGACAUAUGUCUACACUGAGUUCCCAGUUCCUUUCCCAAUUGGAGAAAUUCCAUUGCAGACACUCUGGAUGGGUAAUACCGUUAAACUUCUAGAUCUGGUAGAAGUUAACAGUUCCAUUCUUGCUGAUAAAAAAUUAUCAGGACAGGCUGUCAUUCCAGGAUCACUAAUAUACCACAAACAGUCACAAAUACUGCUGGUUUGUUGCAAGGAUGGCUGGAUUGGCAUUCGAUCAAUGAUGCUCAAGAAAACACUAACAGCUACUGAUUUCUACAAUGGAUAUUUGCACCCCUGGUACCAAAAAAAUACACAAGUUCAACCAAGCCAGUGCAAAUUUCAGACUCUCAGACUGCCAGCAAAGAAGCAGCAGCAAAAAAAAUUGUUGCUAUGCAACAGUGCAUUGAGGAGUUAG